AUGUUUGACGUGUUUUUCACAGGUCACGCGUCCGGUGGUUUCAAUGAAGAAGUCAUAUGGAUCAGCAUUGGCAUGAGCAUAGCCAUCGUCAUACUGAUAACGAUAGCUCUGUGCUAUUUGGCCAGGCAACGGUGCAAGAAGAGACAGGAGAUCAGCGUACGCACUUAACAUGGAAAAUGUACAAACACACAUACACCAUACACAUACUUAAGCAUACCUAUACUACGACCACCUAAAUACGAGUCAUCGCUCGGUCUGCUGCGUACACAGAGUUAAUGUAAUUUCAAUGACCCCACACUCGCAUUGUCAUAACCUAAUUAAUAUUAUUAUUAUUAUUAUUAUUAUAUCUUAUUGUUGUCAUUUUUAUAAUUAUUUCGAUAUUAUUGUUAUCAUUUUUAUUUUUACUUAUGUAGACGUAUAUUUAGUGUGUGUCCUUGGCUGAAGAAUUAUAUUCUUUGUCGUCCCUUACUUUCGGCGAUCACAUGACAUGUGUUUGAUUACCC